CCCGGCUGUCAACUCAGGUCCAGCGUGCUGGAACCAGUAACAGUAGGGAAAGAGGACACUGUUGAGUUCCAGAAUAUCGUGAAAUAGCAAAAUUGCUUGCAGUAUUAGAGUUUCGAAAUUGUAUUCAGUAAUGCCGUUCGAGUCACCACACGACUGCUACCAGAGGACUUGGCAUUGCAAGUUACAUUUCACCUCAGCUUGCUAGCAACUGCUAGCUAAUUUUUGAAGUAGCGUUGAUGUAUUGCAUUUAAAUAAUAUCACUUUUGUCUUACGGUUUAUUGCAUUCGCGUAGCAUGUCUUCAAUAACAAAAAUAAUGUGUAGUCGUUGGCUACCGCUUGUAAGGACUUGUGCCUUAAACACACAUGUACUGGGAAGGACAGGCUGUAGAAAUUUCAGCACUUCAAGGGCUCGCAUGACAGUGAUGCAGGCAUGGGUGAUUGACAAGUACGGCGGCAAUGAUGUGCUGAGGUUCACCCAAAAUGCCCCUUUCCCAAUCAUCAACUACCCCAAUGAAGUAGUUGUCAAAGUCCACGCCGCAGCUCUCAAUCCCUUAGAUGUCAGCAUGAGGGGAGGGUACGGUGCAGCCACCAUGGCGAUGAAGCGUGACCCCCUGAACGUGACACAGCAAGGCAGUGAGUUCCCCUUGGUCCUGGGCCGAGACCUCUCCGGGGUCAUCAUGGAGUGUGGCUUAGACGUGGCCUACUUCAAACCAGGAGAUGAGGUAUGGGCUGCUGUCCCUCCAUGGAAACAAGGCAGCCUGGCAGAGUUUGUCUGCGUGAGCGGCAACGAGGUGUCCCACAAGCCCAAAUCGCUGAGUCAUUCGGAGGCGGCGUCCAUCCCUUACGUAGCCUCCACAGCCUGGUCAGCUGUGGUCAACACUGGAGGCCUCAACAAGGACAACGCUGCCAAGAAACGUGUGCUGAUCCUGGGGGCUUCUGGAGGCGUCGGCACCUUUACCAUACAGAUGGUGAAGUCGUGGGGUGCCCAUGUGACAGCCACCUGCUCCGGCAGUGCGGUGGGCCUGUUGAGGGGCCUGGGGGCCGACACCACUCUGGACUACACUGCUGCCCCCAUACCACAGCAGCUCAAAGACCUGGACAAGUUUGAUCUGAUUCUGGAUAACAUCGGGGGGGAGACAGAGUCCUGGGCCCUUGGCUUCCUCAAGCCCUGGUGCGGCGCCAAGUACGUAACCCUGGUGACGCCGUUCCUGCGGAACACGGACACACUGGGCAUCGCCGACGGAAUGUUUCAGACGGCGCUCACCGUGGGAUCCAAGGCGGCCAAGCACUUGUGUAAAGGUGUGCACUAUCGCUGGGGCUUCUUUGCGCCCAGUGGCCCGACGCUGGAUGAAAUCACAGAAAUGGUGGAUGCUGGCCAGGUGAGGCCAGUGGUGGAGGAGUCCUUCUCCUUCUCCCAGGUCCCUCAGGCCUUCUCCAAGGUGGAGGCGGGUCAUGCGCGGGGCAAGACCGUUGUCAACGUCGUCCGGGAAGAUGCUGACGCUUAGUAACCAUGGUGAUGGCAACUCGACAACAAAAGGCUGCCGGACGGACGGCCCCACUCCGAUGUCAUGUCAGCACGGGGCCCGUGCAAAGCUACUGCAAACCUGGUGCAGCGCGGCCCAUGGAUGUGUCAGCACUCAUUUCCUGUAUGAGUGAGUGUGUGUGUGUGUGUGAGAGAGAGGGACUGUGUGUUUGUGAGAGAGAGAGAGAAAGAGAGAGAGAGAGGGACUGUGUGUGUGAGAGUGAGAGGGACUGUGUGUGUGUGUGUGUGUGUAUGCGUGCGUGUGGAACGUAAUUGGUAUUUGUUGACUGUUGUUUUGCCACCAAUGAGUAUGUCUGGAAUUCACACAGCCAGCUGCCACAGAGGACAGACAAUAAAAGAUUGUUUUAAUCCUUUGGAAUGUAACAGUUAUCAUCAGUAUUUUCUAGAAAAAAAAUCAACAUUUACAUGAACAUGACCAGAUGCAAAUAGCAGUAAAAACAAUAAAAACAUA